GACAUCUAAUAUCAUCAACCCCCGGGCUGUGCCCUCCCAUUCCUUACUGAGGUUUUAUGAGUACUCCCCAGGCUCGAUUCCCAACCUCAUCCUUUUGUGCGUGUCUUUGUGUGACGCAGCAAUGCUCGUCUUCCAGAGCUAAAACAAAGCUCCCCCUUCAACAGCCGUCAUUUGCUAAGACCCUACGAAGACCAUCCAGCACAACUGGCAGGGCGGAUCCCAGGCAGCAGGCAGCCGUGGCCCCAGGGGCUUGUUUCAUUGUACAUCAGCUGGAAGCGAUCCCCACGUGGAUCUGUUUGUUACUGAGCACCACAUAGUGGGGUGUGCUUUCAGAGCAGCCCACAGUCUCGAGUAGGAGAGGAAGAAAAAAGUCUGACCCAAGGACGCAGAGGAAAAAAUAUCGUAAAAACAGAAGACCUGUAUCAGGGCUUCGCCUUGCAAUGAUGGCAGGUCUCCGCGAGCUACGUUUUACUGAGGAGAAACCACUGCUUCGAGGACAAGAUACAGAGUUGGAGAAUACCGACACUUUCCUCUCUUCAGCUGACUCCGAAUGGAAGGAAAACAGGGAUACUUUCCUUUCCUCUGUUGACACUGACUGGAAGGAACAUGACAUUGAGACUCCUUAUGGAAUGCUCCACGUUGUGAUUCGUGGCUCUCCAAAAGGCAACCGUCCUGCUAUUUUGACCUAUCAUGACGUGGGACUCAAUCAUAAACUUUGCUUCAACAGUUUUUUUAACUUUGAAGAUAUGCAGGAGAUCACCAAACACUUUGUUGUCUGCCACGUGGAUGCUCCAGGACAACAGAUUGGAGCUUCCCAGUUUCCGCAGGGGUACCAGUACCCAACAAUGGACCAGCUAUCCUCUAUGCUGCCAUGCGUGAUCCAGCAUUUUGGGUUUAAGUCUGUUGUUGGAAUUGGAGUGGGAGCUGGGGCUUACAUCCUUGCCAAAUUUGCUCUGAUUUUUCCUGACAUGGUUGAAGGACUUGUCCUCAUCAACAUUGAUCCAAAUGGCAAGGGAUGGAUUGACUGGGCAGCGUCAAAGAUUUCUGGCCUGACAAGCUCACUUGGUGAUACAGUCCUGUCUCAUCUCUUCAGUCAGGAGGAGUUGGUGAAUAACACGGAGCUAGUGCAGAGCUACCGACAACAGAUAGGCAAUGGGGUUAACCAGUACAACCUACAGCUCUUUUGGAACAUGUACAACAGUCGCAGAGACCUUGAGAUGAAUCGACCAGGAACUGUUGCCAAUGCAAAAACACUCAGGUGCCCUGUCAUGCUGGUUGUGGGUGACAAUGCACCUGCAGAAGAAGGAGUGGUGGAGUGCAAUUCCAAGUUGGAUCCAACAAAUACCACCUUCCUGAAGAUGGCUGAUUCUGGUGGACUCCCACAAGUUACACAGCCUGGAAAACUUACUGAAGCUUUCAAGUACUUCCUACAAGGCAUGGGAUACAUUGCAUAUUUGAAGGACCGAAGGCUGAGUGUUGGAGCAGUUCCAUGUAUGAAGGACCGAAGGAUGAGUGAAGGGCCAGUGGCUUCUGCUAGCAUGACCCGACUCGCCCGUUCACGCACUGCCUCCCUUACCAGUGCUAGCUCUACAGACGGAACUCGUCCCAGAGCCUGCACCCAUUCAGAGAGCACUGAAGGAAUGGGGCAGAUCAACCACACCAUGGAAGUGUCAUGCUAAAGAGGUGGACACGAAUGCUGGUGGAAGAGUGAAGCUCUCUGCUGUGAUGACAUCAGUAUGAACUCCCAUCCCAGAAAAAUGUAAACAUUCUGUAUGCCAUUUCUUUGUGGCAUUUCUGCCAGUUUUUGUUUGUUUUCCCCUGUUUUCUACCAUACUGAGAGGGAAAAGGAUGCAUUUUAAUGGCUGAUGAUGUGCUCAUCCACAGUCAUUUUGCUAAGCAGGAUUAAGUUAAAAAAUGCAACAGUUGUAAGCCAGUCAAUAUAAGUGGGCAGUACUGGAUGUCUUAGUGUUAUGGCACUUAAUUUGUCAGGAUCGGGCAAAUAUUUGCAUUAAAAAAAAUCCUCAAAUGCUUCUUUUAGGACUGAAUGCUAAACAUUGCAAAGGUAAAAAUGUGAGUGGAUUUGUCUGGGCAUUUGAAGUGAAAAUCUAUGCCAGACAGAGAACAAAAAGUAGUAUACAACAGAGUCUGUUGAACUGGUAUUGUGUUAUUUGUGUAAACUAAACCCAUCAUGUAACGUGAGAAGCAAAUCACUGAAAUAGUUAACUCUACUAUCCCUCAUGGGCCACAGUGCUUACUGCACAUGGUGAAGUUGUCUAUGUAAAUUCUAGCUGACAUUUCUUUGAAUGUGGAUUCUGACCAUAUACCUUUGCCACUGGUUCUUCCCUUUGCCCUAUCUGUUCCUGCUGGGAACUGUUUGAUUUCACACCAGUUAUCAGUAGUAACAAGCUGCUGUCCUUAUCUUUUGUGUUGCUACAUAUUAGCUAAUUAGUUUGUUUCUUAUGUAAUGAGAGCAUUGCAUGACAUUUUUGAAAACAGGAAUAGAAUGAAAUAUGUGUGAAUCAAGUGUUACUAAUUAUAUCCCUGAGUAAUAGAAUAAAGUAUGUUUAAAUGUCCUUUGACAUGCUUUGUAAUUUGCAAGUCGGUGUUCCAUGUUUAACUAUUAGCCAGCAGGCCACUAUAUUAAAUCUAACUACAUAACAGUCCUUGUAGCAACAAUUGAAGAUCUGAUACACAAUUUGUAAACCAGUGCUUUGAAUAACAGUUUUCUUUGCGUAAUGCUCAACAAAGAAGUAUAAGCUUAAAAAUGUUUGCCAAUUUAAUGCCUAAUGAUUACAAUUCAUCCUGCUGCCCAGAGGCCCGCCAUUGGGGGAGCAUUAAUAAAUGAGAGAGACAUGAAUGAGUCUGAUGUAGACGUAGAAGGCGAUUACUUUAGAUUAAAUUUGUGAUGCUGGGACAAGCAGUGAGUGUUAUUAAAUCUAGUGUUCAAGAUGAUAUGCAUAAUGAAAACCACUACAGCAUAAUUCGUUUCUGGGGCUAAUGCAAAACAAGACAUGGAAUAUAUAUAUAGCACCAGAUAAAAUGUUACACUUAGCAGCCUCUAGAGCUCAUGGAGUAUCUAAAAGAUGUGGCAUAGGAUGGGGUAAGAGAGAGAGGGGUUACUGGGGGUAUGACUCCCACCUAGCAAUAAACGCUUCGCUCCAUCUAACUUUUCUGGCAAAAAAAAAAGUCUAGAGGCAGGCAUCACAUUUGAUUUAGACAACAGAGCCCUACAAGACAGUCUACUACAUAGAGUCCUUUGGAAUUUGUACCACUCCAGAGAAGCAGAGUUUCUGUUGGAUUCAGAUCUAGCUUUGAACUCUGCUGUGGACCUCCUUCAAGCUAAAAUGUAAAUGUUUGUUUUUCCUUUUCCAGGUUUGGGAACCAUUCCUGCAAAAAAAAAAAAAAAUUAUGUACAGUUGGAAAUCCUUAAAGAGUAAGUUUUUGUUUCCCAACAAUACCUCUUGUUUAUGUGGCAGACCACAUGCAGUGGAAGGACUCAUGUAUAGUUACUGAAUGUGUAGAUGAUGGAAGAAGUGUUUUGCCAUCUGGAAUUUAUUUUGUCUUUGGCAAAGGAGGGGCUCUUCUUCAGAUUCUGUAUGUUUCCUCCAUAUUGUUUAAUAAAUGAUUGCUCUAUAUAAUGUGAGCUUCAGUAGUAGUAUGGCUAAUGCAGGUAGACUUUUGUAUUUUAUUUUGUUGUACAGUUUCUGAUCCCCCCAUUGUUAAACCAUAACUCUACUGCAGGGAAGUGGGGAAGAGGGGGGAUCACAGAGGAAGCCAUUUGAUUUUUGUUAUGCAUGUUUGUUAAUGCGGAGUUGCUGUGCUCAAUGUAUGUCAUCGGCUUAGAUGAUAGUGGCAUUAUUUUGUGAUUAAUGGACAUGUAGGGAACCUGUGAGUGUAUUAGUAUUGCUGAAUAUCCAUUUCUUUCCUGCUGUACAUUUCAGGCUGUAGCUAUGAAUUAUGGGUUAUGUGGUUGGUUUGUUGUUUAUGUAUAAAUGUGCAUUGACACCAGGUGUAUAAUAUAUUAUCCUGUAGUACUUCUGAAUCUGUGCUAGUUUGCUAAUUGCAGAGGGUAAUGUAGUAUAGUGGUCCCCUGCCUUUCUGUGUGUAUGGUUUGUGGACUCUGUGCUGCAUGACUGUAUAUAGGAUAACUAGUUGUAAGGGGUGUAUCCUGUCUCUUUUACAUGUUUGAGAAUUGAAGUCCAUAUGCCUUUUUGUACUAUAGUUGCAUUAAUUGUGAUAUCUGGCUGUACUUACACUAGUGGCCAGGUUUGUUUCUAUAGUUAAUUCAGUUGUACAGGGGAGGGGCUAAUUUAGUAUUGCUUUCUGUUUUCUUAGUAUAGCCUUCAUUUAUCUAGUUGCUUCAUGCAAGCAUGAUAAAAAUGACAAAUGCUGUGAUCAUUUAUAACAAAAAAUAUUUUUUAAAUAAAUUGUGAUACUCUGUCUGACCAUGUGUAAUAACUGAAACAACUAAAUUUAUACAGCAUUUAAUCUUAACUUGGCAGGAAAUGGAAAUAAAUCAUUUACCUUGGCUGAGGGAGUGGAUUGUCCUAUACAGUGUUCUGUUUCCACAAGGAAUGUUCCACUUUCUGCAUCUGAGAAGGCAGAAGCACUAGAGGGUGUUUUUUCCCUCUGGAGGCCUGAAGCAGAUGGAGUGGCUAGUUAUUGUUUGUAUAGAUUCUUAGCCUGUAAAACACAGUGUAUGUGUAUAAGUAAGUCAUGCAAAUAAAUGCACGUUAGCGUAUGCAUCCA